UAUAAAGGCUCUUCUUUCCGCAAAACAGAACCCACCAACUUAAAAAGUGUAUCAGUCUUUUGUCUAUGAGAGGAAGAGAAGAGAAAUUUGGCUAUGUCUCAAGCUUAUUGUGUAAAGGAAAAAAAGCCCUGCGUUCGCUGGGUUAAGAGAUACUUCGAAGACUGUCUUUGCAAUCUGAAUGAUGAUUUCUCUUUUGCUUUUGGGUUAGCUAGUCUAGUCUGCUGGGGAGUUGCGGAGAUCCCUCAAAUCAUCACCAACUUCAAAACCAAGUCCAGCCAUGGAGUUUCCCUUCUUUUUCUCCUUACUUGGAUUGCUGGAGAUGUGUUCAAUCUUGUUGGAUGUCUUCUAGAACCUGCAACAUUGCCGACUCAGUUCUUCACAGCUCUGCUUUAUACAGUGAGUACUGUGGUUCUAGUAUUGCAAGGUGUAUACUAUGAUUAUAUCUACAAGUGGUGGAAAUGUAGACGGAUCAAAACUGACAACAUGGUUGAGGAUGAGAACAAACCCUUGAAGCCUGGCAAACCUGAUGCAGGCAUUCCCAUACCUAAGGCCUCAUCAAAACCCAAUCCUCGCAGGGAGUAUUACUACACGUCAGCUAGAUCUUUGGCUAGCAGUGGCACUCCACCAUUUCGAACAUAUAUGAGGGUAGCUAAAAGUGGUCCUUCAGCUAUGGAACUUGACAGUGACUCAUCAUCAGAAGAUGAAGCAGCUAUAGUUUCAUCCAAAAAGUCCGUUACUCGACCUAGGCCAAUCCCAAGAGCAGCUGCAAGUUAUGGUACAUUUCUAGCUGCCUCGGUCAACUUGCCCCUCGGAAGUAAGGCUUGGAUGGAAGUAAGAACUGGUUUUACCAAUAGAAGAUUAUUACAGGGACACACUAUGAAGCACAGUGCCUUUGGGCAAUGGCUGGGAUGGCUAAUGGCUGCCAUAUACAUGGGAGGCCGAAUCCCUCAGAUAUGGUUAAAUAUCAAAAGAGGCAGUGUGGAGGGCUUGAAUCCUCUCAUGUUCAUCUUUGCCAUGAUAGCUAAUGCUACUUACGUGGCAAGCAUUCUAGUGAGAACCACUGAAUGGGAAAACAUUAAGGCUAAUAUGCCAUGGUUGCUGGAUGCUGCAGUUUGCGUGGCGCUAGACUUAUUUAUCAUAUUGCAGUACAUUUAUUACAAAUUUUCCAGAGUGACAGAUAAAUCGGAAGAUUAUGGAGACAACAUGGAAGCAAGUAAAGAAGCUGAGCCUUGAUUGUGGAUGGCCAUAUUAGCUAAAUGUCCCAAAUCUUUAGAGCAGAACUACCCCCCACCUUCCUUGCUAGAGUACAUUGUAGUAGUAUAAGCUUAUGUUUCUGUAGGAAGACCUGUUUCAAUCUGCAAAUUAAAUUUUUUUCUUUUCUUUUUGGUGUUUUUGAUUAGUCAAUUAACAACCUUAUUUAGUCAUCUUUUAUCAGCUGAUCUGCUAAGUUUGGCCAUCAA